AUGACUUUUACCGACCGAAUCCUGCAUACCAUCUAUGGUCUUCCGCCUCCGACUAGCGGUAUCCGCAAGGAGCCAAUGCAAGUAUUGGCCGUCGGUAUCUCAAGAAGCGGGACAGAAAGCCUUCGUGAGGCUUUGCAUAUUCUAGGAUUCAAUCACACUCACCAUGGAUUCGAUACAAUCCUUCCGCCUUCAUCUCUCGAAGCAAUGUAUCGGCUUUUGCAAAAGAAGUACACGGCAACCUCAGAAGCUGACAGACGCGAAGCCCUGACCGCGAAGGACUUCGACACAAUUCUUUCGGAUAGCGUCGGUGUCACCGAUUUGUUCGCUGCAGAAUUUGGCCCCGAACUCAUCGCGGCCUACCCCGACGCGAAAGUCAUCCUCAAUGUCCGCCGGGAUAUCGACAGCUGGUACCGAAGUAUGCACAACACAAUGGGGUAUUAUGACAAAAAUACUAUUGAUUGGGACUGGUGUAAGUCUUGGUUUAGUGCCGAGCUUUUCUGGAUUCGCCAAACCAUGUCCAGAACCAUGAUGCCGCGAUUCUUCAAGGGGAGCUUCGCUUCCAACGGCAGAUGGGUAUAUCGGCGGCAUACCGCCAUGAUAAAGAGUCUGGGUCUGUCUGAGGAUCGGCUUCUCGAGUGGUCAGUUGAAGAUGGGUGGGAACCCCUUUGUCGGUUUUUGAAUAAGCCAGUGCCUGAUAUUCCGUUCCCUGAUGGCAAUACCCCCAAGGCUUGGGCAGAUCGGAUCGCCAAGACAAUGGAGGCCCACCACAAGCGUGCGGUGAGGAAUAUGCUUCUCUUUGUGGCUGUUAUCGUAAUGGUAGUCGCGGCUCUGUGGGGAUAUUCGUCGGAAGUGAUUUGA